UAUUGCUAUCUGAAAAAAGUAUUUUAGUAAAAAGUUAAAAAACAUAAAUUAUAGAAUUAAAAGUAGAAUAUUGAAUUAUUUUAAAAUUUAUUUUAGUAUAAUGUAUAUAGUGUACAAAUAACUUUUCAAAAAUUUAUGAAAUGUUUAAGUUCGCAUCGCGGACAAAACACCUAGUAAAUUAGUAAGGCAUAAUCUAUUAAUCUAAUGAUAUUAGUAUAUUACGUUUAAUUAAUGUCCACGAUUAUGAAAUAUCAUAAGAUUGAAAGUCAUACACUUCAAGUCAUGGUCCAAUAAAUACAAAAUGAAACUCUAUCUAUAGGAUACAAUCUAAAUUAGGAUUAUUCUAUAGUAAAACUAGAUAUACAAGUUGAUAUAUACAUCAUUAUUUCGUAAGUAAAAAAGGUAUAAUAAUAAUUGAUAACAACCAAAAUAAUGUUUAAAAUAUAGAAAAUCUAGUAAAAAUAUUUGAUAACAUCCAAAAUAAUCUUUAAAAUAUAGAAAAUAAUCUAAAUGUGAUUACUGUUCUUUCAAUUAUUGACUGCAUUCGUGAUUAUUUUUGAACAGACAGAUUUGUAAAAGCAAACUUUUCAUAUGAAAUAUUAAAAUAUUAAAAAAUUAAAAAAAUAUGGAGUUUAUUUUUGUAUAUAUACAUGUAUUCAUUCAUAUACGAAAGUUUAUACAAAGAUGAGGGAAAUUCUAGUAUUUUUCCUGAUCGUCUUCAUCUCAAUCCACAGAAUAGACUCUAUCCUACUCUUUAGGCAUUUUAACAUUGAUAUUCAAAAUAAACUUGCAGCUAACCAAAUGGUCUAUUGUAGAGACAAAAAUACAUUAUCCAAAUUUGAAUUUCUUCGCUUCAAGACCGUAAUGGAAGUUAAAUUCAUAAUCUACCCAAAAACUUUGAUAUGGUGCAACUUAUGGAAGGGACCUGAUUAUGUGCAUCAUAUACGAUUUAAUGCAUUUAUUAAGACUGAGGAUUUCAUACAUGACUUAUGUGGGGGUAUGAAGCCUAAUGUGUGUUUCUGGCAAGUGCAAGAUGACGGAGUAUGGUUACGUCAUAAUCCAAGCGGUACCCUUAGGCUUAUGCAUGAAUGGGGUGAUAAAGUUUGACCUAUGAAUUUAUUUUUUAUUUUCUGAUAUGUUGUCAUUAUUUAUCGAGAUUUGUUAUUACAUUUAAACUAUAAUAAACGUAAAAUAUAUUAAGGAAAAUUUAUGUUUAGGUCAAAGAUAAAAGUGAGUUUUUCUAUCAACGGAUAAAAGUGAGUCUAAAAAUUAAUAUGUGUAGUAAAGUUGUUUUGUUUAUUUAUCAUCUCACAAUUGGCUAUUGUUUUAGUUUAUGAAAAGAAACCUGAACUAUUGGGGCAUAUUUUUGUAAUUAUAUUUAGUCAAAGGAGGUGGGAGGUGAAAAGGAAGAAAAACAAAAUGUAACUAGUAAUACUCAUUUCUUUGUUAUUGUCUUAAUUUAUUGCCUAUCUUAGAUCAAAAGAAUAUUUGCAAAUAAACUCAAAAUUAGGUCAAAGAAACAUGUAUUAAUUAAUAUUUACAUAUAUCUAUCUAUCUAUACUAUUUGCGAAGUAAAAUUUUGCAACAGAACUCUCACGUUAAAAAUUAGAGCGGUUAAUAUCGUUUAUACCCUUAAUGAAUAAAACGAAAUUUUAAUUUAUUUGAUUAGAUAAUUGAUUAAAAUUAAUAAUAGUAAGAAUUAUCUAAAAUCUGAAAAUAUAAUUUAAAAAAAAAAGAUAAUUUCUGUAAAUAUUGUAUUGUUAUCUGAAAAAAUCUUUUAGUAAAAAUU